AUGACUACAAGAUGUCCAUACUGCCACGUUUCAUAUGCAUCAUGGCGUCUAAAAGCCUUCCAUCUCCUGGCCGUUGAAGUCACUGCCAGCCUGCCUACGCAACGGAGCUUCAUGACAAGCUCUGGCUGCCAGUUCCCGAAACCAAAUCCUAACCAGAAAAAACGACGUGGGAAUACAAGACGACAAAGAAUUCAGGAGCUCUCAAAACUCGAGGCCCUGCGAACCGAACUUUCCGUACUGGCUGAAGAAUUAAAAAGUAAACCACAAGCUACGCAAUCGCCUGGCGCGUCUAUCCCGAGUGAAAGAGAAAACAGCAUAUCAAACCUGUCCAGACAGCCGGAAGACAUACCAGAAACCCAUACGCGAUUUUCGAAUUUCCUUCCCAAAUCCCCCAUUGUUACAAGACUAGAACAAAGGGCGCAAAAACUAAAACAACGCGCCAACGAACAAGAUAUUGAUCGCCUAAAGUACAACCCAUGGGCCCAGCUGUUAGCAAGCCCCGUGCGCAUGUGCGCUGCGACUGGAGCCCGGAUACCAGAAAAGCUGCUGGGGAGCUGGGGCCUGGUUCAGCACCCAGAGACACAGAAUCUAUGGCUCAUGCCUGUUGACUUGGUUAAAGAGGAACUUCAAAGAGUGAGCCUGAAGAGUGUGCCAGAGGCAUCAGAGUCAUUCCAUGAUGUUUCCGAGGUGGACCCUGGAUUACCAUCUCCACCUCCACGAUCCAGCUUUCCUAGCUUCUACAUGACGAAUGACGAAGAGCUAUUGGGUGCGAUCUCUAAAAUGAAAGGGUCCCAGCCCGGUCGCCUUAUCUCUAACAAUUGGAAAGUUCCCAAGGGGCCUUUGCCCCGGAAAAUGUCUUAUGUUUUUCGAAAGGACAUGCCAGAAUUUUUUUUGGCACGGUUGAGGGAGAGGGUCUUUGCAUGGCUGAAGAAGGCGAAGAGGUUACGGCCCUUGGGGGAAAUCUCUGGGGGUUGGACGGCUUUAGACACGAGGACGGAUAUUAUUGGAGAAGAGGGACUGGGGGAAAGUUUGCAGAAAUUGGGGGGUUUGGAGCAUGCAGCCUGGGGAGCGGUGUUAAUAUUGAGAAGGGCGGGUGGGGUGAACGGUCUCAAAUCUUCAUCGGGAGAAGGUUCUGUAGUUGGUGAAGAUAUUCCCAAAAUACCUUCUACCUCCAUAGCAGGGUCGACGGAUGAGUCAAUGUUUCCAAACUCCAGUAAUGUUCUAGGAGUUCAUUCGGAAUCGGGCCAGACAUCCCCCGAGCUCCCUAGAUACAUUGCUUUGCCUGCCACAGGCUCGUUAGUCCCAGUGUUCGAUCUCACGACUCUCCUGACAAAAGAACAAGUCGAAACCCUCCGUCACCAUGCCGAUAUAUUUCAGCACCCUGCAGUGUUUUAUCGGCCAGGUCAACGGACAACCGUCUCCAUAAUAUCUUGGCUCUGGAAGCUUAAAAUCUAUAUGAUGGAUAGAUCCUGA